ACUGUGUGCAACGAAAUGUACAAUGGUCUGCCAGUACCAGUUAUGUCAAUUGUAUUGGCAACAAGUGCAAUCACGAUCGAUCAUUACUCCGUAGCAUCUACCGCUCUUGUUCAUAUCACUAUGCCGAGGAAAUCUUUGAAGUAUUUCACGUUAAUCGUUCUAUUUCUGUUCGUAACGAGUGUGCAUCUUCAAAACCUGAUUAGAACAGAAAUUGGUGGCAAUAAUCAUUUAGCAUGCGCGUACGUGCAUUGCGAGAAGGCCGAGUCAUGCGUGCACCGUAGAUUUCGGUGCAAAAAUCCUCCGUGUCCCGGCAUGCUUUAUUGCGCGAAAUCUCGUAAAGAAUCACAGAGAGGCCCUUCUACCUGCGAUACCGUGCACUGUAGCAACGGAUUCUUGUGCAUGGUGAAAGUUCGACAAUGCAUUUGGGACCAGAAGUGCAAGCAACAGAUAGCAAGAUGCGUGUCUCAGCAGGAGUAUUACGAUGGUCCGGCAUCCUGUGCCGGGUUCAAGUGCCUUCAAGGACACCAGUGUAUCCUCCGGGAGUCACUUUGCGCCAAUCCACCCUGCAAACUACUACGGAGCUGCAGCAAGAACAGAGACGUGCACACUUGGUUCGGCGAAUGUCGAAGUCUGGGUUGUUCAUCGGAGUUUGACUGCUUCUUACGAAGACCACGGAACACCUGCUCGAAUCCGCCCUGUAAACAUACGACGGAUUGCAUAACGGCUGCAGAAAAUGAAAUGGCGGAUGAGCAUUGUCGCGGAUGGAUAUGUCCUCGGAAGCACAAAUGUGUGGCGGAAACUGUGACAUCCUGCGAAUCGAACAACUGCAACGUGAAUAGAACAUGCAUUGCGAUACCGCAAAAUAAUUCAUCUUUUGCGAGAAGAUCGCUGAGCAACGAAGACAUUAACGUUCAAUCCCCCGAAGACAACGUUAAACAAUUUCAAGAUUGGCUUGAAUCCAUUCGCGAUAUACUGACUCCCAGUGCGUAUGCAGACUGGGUCGAGGGAAUUCUUGCCUCGACGUCGCGCAGCGAGGAAUUUCGAAAAUGGCUCAGAGCGUCGCAGACACACGAUUCUCGCAAAGUGGAUAAACAUGACAGCAUACGCGCAAAAUUGAAAUUUCCGGGACGAGUGCGGACAGAAAAGGAAGGGGCACAGGACGUGGCGGGAAAUCAAUAUUCCAUUUACGAUACAUUGGAUGAACCAACGCAAGACGAUUUAAACAAGAUAUCAGAAGAAAUAAAUAGCCUUCUACGCGAAUGGAAUUUGACGAAUUUGAAAGACGAGUCGUUUAUUAACGAAAAUAUUUUUUUACCGGUACAUAAUAAUUCAGAAACAGAUACCUUGUAUCAUCGGAAAAAGGAAAAGGAAAUUUCGUCACCAGACAAUGAAGAUGCCACCAUGGAGGUCGUGGACACUCAAAUCAGCAGUCCUAACGCUGAUACUCGUGGCAAUGUUCACAAACAAAUUGUACUAACAUCACAAAAUGAAGAAAUUCCUACUGCACAAGUUAAUGAUUUCUCUCUCAGUGUUCUAGGAACGUUAAGGGAUUUAUCUGUCGGCAAUUAUGAACUGCCAUCAUUGUGGACGGGAUUCGAUCAAGAUUUCGACAAGGAAACUUCUGGAAAAACGGAUACUACCAUUCGUAUUAACGAAAUCUCAAAAACUGAAACAUAUUCGGGCACGGAACGAUAUAGAAAUAACGUUUCCGCCGAUUUCCUAGAAAUGUUAGUGAAAUCAUUGCCGCAUUUUUCAUUCGAAGAUGUGCAAGGAAAUUUUGAUGAAAAUUUAUUCGAUCGGAAUCAUCCAAAUAAUGCGAAUAAAAACUACAGUUCAAGUGCAGUACCUUAUUUCGGUGAAGACCGGUUUACGAGCAAAAACUUGGAAGAAGUUGCAGACCAAUCUUCUUUCUACGGCGGAGCUCGCAUAAACUUCACGUACAAUUCCGAACCAAGAAUCGAUGACAUCGCGAGAUCUAAUCGGCCAGAUCAAUCGCGAGGCGAUAAUACAGGGAUAUCAUCGAUCCAAAUCAUGAAUGAGAAUAAUGAUGCAGCAGAUUUAGAUCGUUUCUUUGAGAUGCACGAAGACGUUCUGCUACCGUAUAUACAAACUUUAAUUGAAGCAAUGGAUCUAGCUAACGAUUCUUCGAACGAGUUGAAGCGAAACACGGACGUCGAAAACUUGGAAAAGGAAUCAAGGACACGUGAACCGAGUUAUGAAAACAAGGGACUUCAGUCUUUUUACAAUUUACCAAGUUACGGUUCCAGUGACCACGAUCACGUUGAUGUUAAAAAUCGCAAUAACAAAACAUAACACAGUACAUAUUGACUAAUAUAAUCGAAUUGAUAAUGUUACUCGGACCAAAUAAUUGAUGUAGCGUCAAUAUGAUGUACUAAUAAACUGACGUAAUAAUAAAAGUAGUGUUUUUCGAG